AUGGUCCACGUAUUUAGCAACAUCGCCAACGUGUGCGACGCUCGUCGCCAGCAGCAGCAACCGCAGGAGCGCGUCAAGGGCACCGUCAAUUGUACCGGCACGGCCGAUGGCGCGUCGACACAGCAAGAGCUCAGCUCGAACAGCUUUGAUGAUUCAGACAACAUAAACGUCCUAGCGGCACCCGCAGCAAUCGUGCCACUGCCAAGCACUGCAAAAUGCAGAUCGCAGCGUCAUUUAUACGCCGCCGCCGCAGCAGCCCUCGGGAACCCCAAGAAGGAUACCCAGCAGGCGAUGCCGCGCUUUGCGACGUUUAGCGACGCUUCGCAACCUCGUGAGCUGCGUCUUCAGCAGCAGUCGGGCGGUUCAUCCUCCUCGGACUCAGGCUCGAGCUCGGGCCCCGGCUCCGCGUUUCCCUCUUCUUCCCACUAUUCAACACGGGCAUCGUUGUCGCCGUCGUCAGCGUCGUCGCCACGCACAAGGAUCAGACGCGCUGCACGCACAUCGAUCGUCAAUGCCGAUGCGGCGGCUCAGGCGCGCAUCGCAAGCAUGCUCGGCACCGCCCGGCAGCACGUGUCGCAUCCGUUGAACGACCGGGAGUUGCCGCUAACCUCUCUGCCUGCAAAAGAUGACAAUGACAUUGGAGUGGACAGGAAGCUCGAGACAGCCGGCAUCGAAGGCGACGCGACGACUCGCCGCUCUCAGCAUCAGCAUCACCUUCAGGUCACAAGCAUUCCCAACGAUUGCGCGUUCUACUCUCCUCAUCACUAUGGGCCCUCCACGCCGUCGCCAUGUCCGAGCGCGAUGGCCGCUGAUCCACCCACGCCGAACCUCGGACACAUCCUCAGCGCCUUUCCCACUCCGCGUGUUGCUUCUUUGCAGCGCAUCAAUAGCGGCAGGGAGAAAGAGCUUGCAGCGGAGGUGCACGAUGCGGACGCUCCAGAGAGCAUGUCUAGCCUGAGUGAGCCGAGCUGCUAUGACCCCGAUGACGGGGACAAGCUCAGCGACGACGACGGGGAGAGCCGCGGCCAUUAUCGCGAUGCCAGUGCCGCUUCGUUCCACUCGCUAGCUCAAUUCAGCGAAACGGACGAUAUGCCAUCGCACCACAGCAGCAUCAGCAACAGGAAUAGCAAUAGUGACAGCUGGACGCCUAACCACAGCCACAACAGCAGCAGGAGUAGCUACGACUUGGUCAGUACGAGCAUGAGCAGCAGCAACGACAGCCUUGCGCCCAGUUCCGAGGCUGCUGGUGGGCCCAUGAAUGUGUCGCCCACAUGUACCUUGCCACUGCUGCCAGUGCCAUCGCAUCCCAGAGGUCUCAAGCGCCUGACCCUGACGCCGCAAUUGGGCUUGCACGGUGCACAAGCGCUUGCUCUCGCCAACCAACAAAAACGACAGCAGCAGCAGGAGCCACCGGUUGUACCUCCCCGCUCGCCUUUGCGCCGUCCCAGCCAGCCACUUCUGGCUGUCAGCAGCGGGUGCGGUGGCGUAGGCAGCGUCCGCGCCAGGUCUGACGCGCACAGACGGAACUCGUUGCCCGCCGAGCUGCUCGCUCCUGCGUUUGGCAACGGAACUGUGUUCACGCCGUCAUCAUUGUUGACGGGCUCGCUACAGGCUGCCAACCAUGCCGACCAGGCUAGCUGGUCCAUCCGCGCUCGGUCGAUUGGACCGGCUGACUCAUUAGGCUCGAUCGUCAAUUCCGGCUCGAAUGGGAGAAGCUCGAGUCAUCGCUCAUCUAUCCGCUAUCGCACUUCAUCGCUGACCGACGAGCCGUUUGCACUCGCGCGAGCGCGUGCUGGAGCGGCUGCUAAUUCGCAGCCGCGACACGCGACGGCAGCGCUGGCCCAUGCCACCACCGUGGUCCCUUCACGGGCACGCGCCACAAGCCUGACGAAUGCGUGUGUCCCAUCGGCUUCUGCAUUGGCGUCGUCGACGGGCAGCCGCCCCGCAUCCCGCGCCAGCCUCAUGCCACCCUUCGCCUCUGCGCUCGGUCACCUCCCGCCGUAUGCGCGUAGUCACCACGAUGAGCAGGUUCAGCAGCAGCAGGUGCAGGGGCAAUUGCUGAAUCGCGGAGAAACCGUGUUCGCAAGCAACAGAGAUUCGUUGCUAGGUAUGGGCAACGCUCGUGCAGGCACCAGCACGCCGGACUUGUUCGACUGGAGGCUUCGAGAGGAGAUCGGGCGGCAGCGUGAGUUGCUGGAAGAGCACAAGGCGGAGAUUCGACGCCUCAAUGCCGCCGUCCAACGGCUUUCAGGCGGAGAGCGCCUGUCGCCCAGUUCACCGUCCAAGUGCUCACCGUCGCUCACAAUCGCCUCUGGCGAACGCGAGUGGAUAGCCGACGACCGUUCUUCAACCCAGCUCGAACGCGAGCAGACUGACGACGGUGAUAACGAGAACAGAGACGAGCGCAGUAGCGAUCGUAGGCGCAGCCUCGGAGAGGUCCCCAUUUGUCGCACAUCUGGUGUUUUUGCAGGUCAUCAGAGCAUAAUUGGACGGACCCAUGCCAGAAGGCAGAUAUCCUUCUCGGAGCCCACGACUGUGAUGCGAAGCUCUACAGGAGAGUCUGACCAUGGCGAAUCCGAGGAGCAGCGCGAAGGUGAGGGCGAGACCGAAAGCGAUGAUGACGACGACGACGACAACGUUUUCUUCGCGGUGCGAACGAUGCGCCGCCCUGCAUCUGCCCUCGCAAUGACCAUGCACACAUCCGGCGCUACUUUCCUUCAAUCGCAGCAGCAGCUGGCGGACGAGCUCAUGCGCCGGGCUCGCAGCUGCGACAAGCUCGCGCGCCUCACAGGCGAGUCAGUUCUCGCUAGUGCGAGCGUCUCGUUUGGCAUGCACGAGCGUUCGCGCAGCACGUUCAGCGUCGACUCGUCCGUCGCGCUUGAUGAGCAGUUGGCCCCUGCCGGCAGCGCUGGCGUGCAGCCGCAUUGGAAGACCACGCCCUUGUGGCUCGCCAGCCUCCUCCGUGGUGGGGCCCAGCAGACUGUACGCGAAGAAAAACUGGAUGAUGGUCUGUCGAGCACAAGCGCGGCUGGCGGCGCACGUUCGUCCUCCCGCCUCAGCCGGCGGAGUAGCAGCAGCCGCACCAGCCACGAUUACCAGCGCGCCAUCGGCUUCCGCUUCGGUCGGCAGCGCUCGGCGUAUGACUUGCGAGAACAAUGCGACUUGGUUGGCGUCCCGUUCGCCUCAGCUGCAGAUGACACGGUGUUCUGCUCGCCGCUGCACCUCCCUUCCAGCUCGCACCGGCAGGUGCCGCCUCCACUUUUGCCUUUGGCGACGGCUCACGCUGCACGCACCGCCGCCGCUUCACGAGGAGCCGAGCGCGCGCCGAGCUCGCUCUCGAUCCUUGCCACGGUCAAGAACUUGAAGGAUCGCUUCAAGACUGGAGGAAGGGGCAGGUGGCCGUCCUUCAGCAUCUCUUCGAUUUCCGAGACUGCAGUUAAUGCGCAGCGCAAUGACCGACCACCACUGGGGGAGGGUGACGUGGCACGAGUCGCCUUGACAUAUUCUAAAAGCAGUGGCAACGGCCGCCGCGAACGUGUACACAAUUCUCUGUCCAAAGCGCGCUCCGUUCCUAAUCUGCUUGAAGCUGCUCGCAGGCCGCAGAAAAGCCACAUCUCUGCGGAUGGACAGCAACAUCAACAGUACGACCCUUGUUCCGCGGAUCCCCCUCCGCUCAGCGCUUCACCUACGACGCCCAUCUCCCUGAGAACGCGCAGCACAUCCACCAACAGCUCCAUCUCGCAUGCGCAUUCCCACUCACGCUUUAGCAUCAGUACAGCCUCGACAGUCGUGACGAGUCCACCCACGUCACCCAUCUCGUCUUUGCGUGCUCCCAAACCGCCGAGCAUUUUCCACUUUCAGCGUUCGCGCAGCGCACUCGGUGUCCAUCGAAAGGACAGGUCGUCGACGUUGUCAGUUGUGGGCGAAGAUGUCUUUGGCCCUGUCGUUUCCGGCAUCGGUUCCAGGGACGUGCACAUCCCGACCUACUCUACUUUUGGCGCUGUUGGCGUCGCUAGCACCAUUUCUGGUGGGGGCGUAUUCGAGGCGCCUACGCACUCGGCUUCGCAGCCGAAGCUGGGACCCAGCCCGAGUUGGAAGGUCUUGGCUGGAAGGCGUUGA